UAUGUAAGGCGGCAGAGCCGUCUAGGAGGUUUGAUAGGCCAGCACGAACGGCCUUGACCGAAAGCACACGCCAAACCCGCCAAUCCACUCCGUCAAAUCGCCAAGGUGUCCUGAGGCCCCGGCCCAGAAAGGAGCUUGCAUCGCGACACAUCGGAUUCGGAACCCGCAAGACGCAGGCAGUCGCAGUGGCAGCCCAGCAACCGAGCGACCAAACCCUCGUUUAAGCCCACAUAUAAACACACACGACGAUAAUCGCCAUGUUCUUACUCACGGCGGCCAGGCUGCUGCUCUCAGCCAGCCUGUUGGGCGCUGCAGCUGCACACAACAUCCAGCUCCCUGCACAUGGCCGCGAGUGCUUCCACGAGACGCUGCAUCGCGAGGACAAGAUGACGGUGACCUUCCAGGUUGGCGACCGCGAAUUUGGGAGCGCUGGAAAUCUGGACAUUGACUUCUGGAUCACCAAUCCGGCCGGCGAGUACGAGGCCUUUGAAAAGUCGACAUCCAACGGCGACUUCUCGUUCGAGGCCAAGCACGACGGCAAGUACCUCUACUGCUUCGGCAACGAGCACUGGGGCGCGUCGUCCAAGGAGGUGUCGUUCAACGUGCACGGCAUCGUGCACGUGUCGGCCGAGGACCUACCCCAGGACCCUCUCGAGGCCGAGGUGCGCAAGCUCUCGGAGCUACUCGAGAUGGUCAAGGACGAGCAGGGCUACAUUGUCCUGCGCGAGCGCACCCACCGCAACACCGCCGAGAGCACCAACAGCCGCGUCAAGUGGUGGAACCUGUUUGUCAUUGGCGUCGUCAUUGGCGAGAGCGUCUUCCAGGUGUGGUGGCUGCGGAGGUUUUUCGAGGUCAAGCGAGUUGUCUGAAUCACGCGCAUGAACACGCUGUUUUGUUCCUGUCCUGUCUUUACGUUGUCUGCACUAAUCUCUCUGCAUAAAGUAAGGAGAGGUAUCUAUACAUCUAUCUAUCCAUGUCCGGCGCUUGGUUUUGGGGGCUCGAUGCGAAAAGGAACAUGGCAAGCCCUGUGUUUUCAAGGGCUUUACGUAUAUUUUAUUUUAGACGUAGCAGACUCGCGCACAUUUUCAUGUAACUGUAGCGAUAUGUAUUAUCGAGCAAGGCCUUUGACCGUCCUUUUGUUUAUCCAA